UCUCCGGGUUUAAUGGAUGUUGAUGAAUCUAGCUUCACUGAACAAGUGCACAAGGCUAUGAACGAGGAACCCCUUCAUAUGGACAUUGUUCCUCCUCCAGCCACCACAUCGACCUCGCCAACCGCAGAUACAGUUAAACUAAAGGAGGUGAGUGCGGGUAGUAGCGCUGCUAAUCCCGCAACUAUUGUUGAAGACAUCCCUGUCAACGAACCGAAAGACAUAGAACUUACCCAUGAUAUGGGUAUCGGAGAUUUCGAUGAGCGAGACUUCGAUCUUGACAUUUCUGAAGAUGUACACCAGGAGAUCUCCGAUAUACUAUCGACUCCGGUUCCAUCCGCUACUACAGGACCAACUACUCGAGUUGAUUCAGCUGAAGCAGAUGCAUCAAAAGGUAUACCCUUUUAGACUCCAGUUUUCAACUGU